GACUUGUAAUUAUCGCGGAAAUCGUGUGUAGAAAAACCGCUCCGGGGAUUCGGUGUGAACUAGUUAAGCAAAUGACCAUUUAACUUAUAUAUUAUGUUCUUACAUUGUUUUUCAUUCUCCUAUAUAUUUCUCUCCGGUUUUCCACUCCGGUCGCCCGCCAGCCCCGGCAUGGCUUCUUCCUCCCACCGCGGGCCACAUCCGCUCGCGCGUAUAUACCUACCUCACUCUGUACAUAGUCCCAUAUAGUUCAUUGUCGAAUUCGUUAUAGUCACCGUGUUUAUUUUUUCUUCACUUCGCGUUUUUUUUCCCGCUUCUCCUCUCCGUCUCUCCGCCGAGUCCACGCGGUUAGUCCCCUACUCACCUGCCCGCGUCCCGCCGUUCCCCGACAGCUACCCGCGCCGACUCCUCCCUUCCGCGCCGGUGAGGAAAAUGACCGGCGCGUGAAACGGCGAAUUUUCCGACGACGCUUCCACCGCGCGUACCCACUACACGACUGUAUGUAUAUACACACUAUAUAAAACGCAUAAUAAUAAUAACAACAAUAAUAAUAAUCGCAACGAUAUAAUAAUCGCGACGGCGCUUGGCGGGGGAUGACGAGGGGCAGCGGCCGUACCGGUGCGAGAUCGGCGGCAAAGAUCGAUUUUCACGUCACUGUCGUCGCCGCCACCGUCGCCGUCGCCGCACAAUAUAUUAUCCAUCUCGUUCCGUUGACCAUCGGCCGCUACCCGCGCGUAAAACACCAGCCGGCCGAAGUCAAUAUAUACUCACCCGGUGAACCGUGUACACGUCGCGUCGUACCCGCAGCCCCGGUAUAUAGACCCGGUCGCCGCUUUUCCGACCGCUUACCAGGUUCUCACCCGCGUCGCGGUCACGCAGCAGCCGCCGCCGCCGUUACACAUGUCGCCCACCAUGGCGUUGCCGCUGUUGCUGCUGUCGUCCGCGUCCCUGUUGGCGUUCCGCGGAGCGUCCGUCGCCGCCACGUCGGCCGACGACUGCGUGCUGGACUUGGCCAUCGUCUGCCUGGACGACAAGCUGCUGGUGUACGUCAACUGGCUGGAGAAGCGCGACAAGCUGAACGUGGUUGGCGACAUCGUGACGAUCGUCAAGAAGAAGGAGGCGGGCCUGGCCGAGGACCGGUCCAAGCUGCAGCCGCACAACAACAACAACAAGCCGCACACGCACCGGAUCAGCACGUCCCUGGGACCGGCUAUCGACGAGUACUUCGACACGCACACCAUCCGGAUAUCGCUGCCUUGGAUACUCGACGACGACAUCGAUCUGGAACUCGACCAGCAAGGCCGCGGCAAGAAGUCCAAAUUAAAACACCUCAAGAAAAUGAUGUCGAUGUUGGGCGUGAUCAUGUGCGCCAAACUGUCGCUGAUGGGACCGCUGGCCAUGGUCAUGAUCGGCGCCAAGGCGCUAAAGGCCCUGCUGCUGGCCGUCGUCUCGCUCACCAUAUCCAAACUCAUGUUGCUCAAGAAGUUUAAGGGCGGUGGUGGUGGUGGCGGUGGUGGAUACGGCGGAAGUGGUUCCGUGGUCCAGGCCGACUGGUCGUCAGACAAGGACGACCGGAACGCGCAUCUGCUAGCCUACGCCGGACAGUCGGCCGCCGCUUCGGGGACAGCUGUUAUGUCGCCGUCUUCGCAACAGCCUCUUCAACAGAUGUACCCUUCGUACGAGCCUCACGGCUAUCAUGGGGCGGCCUAAACGCCGUCUCAGACCAACACAACCACCGUCACCCCCCUACCACUAUUACAACCAGCACUAUCCACACACAUCACUGACACCUCCGUCAUGAUUUCCGGUCAUUGGAUAUGAAAUAUAUACAUAUAUAUUUAACACUUCCGUGGAUUCCUUCCGGAAGUGGACGGGCGGACGUCAUCCUAACGCGCGUGUCCGUCAAACUAGUCACCGCUUUACCCCUUAGGCCUUCACAAACUAACCACCGUCACCAUUACCGAUGACGUAUAUCACCGUCCACCCGUCAUCGUUUAGCUGUAGCUGCAGGUAUAUCGUUUGCCAUCCUCGAAAUCUGUAAGUCGCCAAACGCACUCCCCUCCACCCGUCAAAUUAUUAUAAUGUCGUGGAACGUAUCUGGUACUCGUAUCGUUUUUUCCCUCACUCUAACGUUAUUUAUUAUUAUUUUUAAUGUUAUAUUAUAAAUGAGCAUAUACCUAGUAAUAUUAUUGCCCUUACCGCACCUACAGAUGACUUUUUUAAUAUAAUAUCUCGUAUCUACUAAUUUUCCCAGUCAAUUUCAGUGUUAAGUGCAUUGUUUUUUGUAUCGUUUUAAUAGUAAGUAUCUAGAAACUUAUAAAUUACAAUGCAUUAUAUAAUUUUAUAUUUGUACACUUUUUUUCAAGGACAGUAAAAAACAAUGUUUCAAUAUUUUUUAUGAAUGUCUUUUUUAGGUUUAUUUAAAAAAUGUUUUCUUAUGGCAACCCUUAUUUUUAGUUCAUAUUCCUAACAGUUUUAAUUAGAAUAUUGUUUUAAGAAAGACUUGUUUUAUAUUUAUAAUUAUUAAAAGUAUGGUUUAGAUGAAUGUCGUGUUAGUUGCCUCACCUGGAUACUCUACACAUUUUCGGUUAUCGCUAAUCAGAUCAUCAAUAAUACUUAUAAUAUUUAUAAAUAAUAGGCUUUUAGUUCAAUAUUCUAUAAAUUUUACUUAAUCGACACUUUAAAAAAGCAAUACUGUAUGUAAAAUUAAAAAUAUGAAUUGCCAUUAAAAAAAAUAAUAACCUAAAAAGUAAAAAGGCAUUAUGAAAAAAAUAAGAUUUUUAUUACAAAAAUGCAAAUUUCUUGUAAAAACGCAUAUACUCACCUCUUACAAUAUAUUGUUAUUAUAUUGUAUGAUAAUAGCUUUUGAGUUUUCUGCAUACUUAUCAAUAAUUCUGAAUUCUUUAAAAUACACUACGGUUUGUCAAUAUUUUUUUGGUUAACAAAACACAAUUCAAUACAUUUUAUCAUUUGGCAAUGACGUCGUAUAAUACGCUUAAAAUAUUUUAGCACACAAGGAUUGAAAAACAAUUCAAAACGACGAAGUUAAAUUAAUCAGAAAAAUUACAUACAUUUUUAAGAUAUAAUUCUGUGUGCGUUUGACACAUUUUAUUUCAUUAUUUUUUUCUCAGAAUUAAAAUUACGAGAGUCUCAAUAGUAUAUUAUGUAAUAUUUUAUUAUAUUAUAUUAUAAUAAAAUAUAUACGGCAGACCUGUGUCUCAACACGCUAAACCUCGUGCAAUCCUCCUACCAAUGCUUUAGUGGAAAUCCAAUUCGAUUGAUGACGAAUCUUGUGUACAUUUUUUAAGAAUAUUAUCGUCGAUAAGAUAAAACUGUCCAUCGUUUAAUAUAUUUAACAUCACUUUUAGGUAACUACUUGAUACAAAUUAAAUGCAAUUUUAAUAAUUACCAUAACCCGAUUCGGUUUUUACAUAACAAAAUUCUACAUAUUAUAAUAUGUGAGUUUAUUGUUAUUUUUUUUGAUCUUUCAGCCUUCACAUUUUUAUAAUAUUCAUAACCGUAAUUUAUUUUUUAUUAUUUAUGUACACCGUUUUAACAAAUAAUCAUAAUAAUAUUGUAUAUUGUAUGUAUUUAUACGGUUUUUAUUAACACGUAUUAUUGUCCUUUCUUUCGUAUGUAUACAUAAACCUAUGUUUUUAUAUAAUAUUUAAUUUAACACAUUUGUUAUUUAUUAUAAACUAUUUGUAAGUAAUAAAAUAUAAUUAUUUUUAA